AUGACUUCUCGGGACCAGCUGGUGCAGCAGGUGCUACAGGAACUUCAGGAAGCCGUGGAGUCCAAGGGCCUGGAGGGGCUCAUCGGUGCUGCCAUGGAGGCCAAGCGGGUUCUGUGUUCCUUCACCCUUCCCAGCUGUCGGGAUGGGGGCCCGGGCCCCCAGGUGCUGGAGGUGGACUCAGUGGCCCUCAGCCUGUACCCAGAGGAUGCCCCGCGGAACAUGCUGCCGCUCGUGUGCAAGGGCGAGGGCAGCCUGCUGUUCGAGGCGGCCAGCAUGCUGCUGUGGGGCGAUGCCAGCCUGAGCCUGGAGCUGCGAGCCCGCACGGUGGUGGAGAUGCUGCUGCACCGACACUACUACCUGCAAGGCAUGAUCGACUCCAAGGUGAUGCUGCAGGCAGUGCGCUACUCCCUGUGCUCCGAGGAGUCCCCGGAGAUGACCAGCCUGCCCUCCGCCACGCUGGAGGCCAUCUUCGACGCCGACGUCAAGGCCACCUGCUUCCCUAGCAGCUUCUCCAACGUGUGGCACUUGUACGCCCUCGCCUCCGUCCUGCAGCGCAACAUCUACUCCAUCUACCCCAUGCGCAACCUCAAGAUCCGGCCGUACUUCAACCGCGUCAUCCGGCCCCGCCGCUGUGACCACACGCCUUCCACGCUGCACAUCAUGUGGGCUGGCCAGCCCCUCCCCGGCCACCUCUUCCGCCACCAGUACUUUGCCCCCGUGGUGGGGCUGGAGGAAGUGGAGGCCGAAGUUGCCACCAACCCGGCACCGGCUCCCCCAGCACUGCCACCGCCAGCCAAGACCCUGGAGCUGCUCAACCGCCAGCCGGGCCUCAGCUACUCCAACCUCUGCGAGCGCUACAGCGUCACCAAGAGCACCUUCUACCGCUGGCGACGGCAGUCCCAGGAGCACCGACAGAAGGUGGCCACCCGCUUCUCGGCCAAGCACUUCCUGCAGGACACCUUCCACCGCGGGGGUGUCGUGCCGCUGCAGCAGUUCCUCCAGAGGUUCCCCGAGAUCUCCCGCUCCACCUACUACGCCUGGAAGCACGAGCUGCUGGGCUCGGGCACCUGCCAGGUCCUGACCCCCGCGGAGGCCCAGGCGAUGGAGGAGAAGAUGCCAGAGAAGCGAGUUGCCAAGGGGCUGGGGUGCCCCCCACUGGCGUCAAGCCCCGGAGUGGUCUUAAUGCAACGGGCCAAGUUGUACCUGGAGCACUGCAUCUCCCUGAACAUGCUGGUCCCGUAUCGCUGCUUCAAACGCAGGUUCCCUGGCAUCUCCCGGUCCACCUACUACAACUGGCGCCGAAAGGCCCUCCGAAGGAACCCCGGCUUCAAGCCAGCCCCAGCCCUCCCAGCAGAUGGGGCUCCCAAACCAACAUCUGGUGGGGAAGGCCCCCUGUGCCCCUGGAAGGGUGAGGCGGGCAAGGAGUCAGGGAAGGCCGUGGGUGGGGAGCCACCCACCCCCCGGGAGCCCCUUCCCCUGAGGAUGCCCCUGUCCCGCUGGCAGAGGCGUCUGCGCCGGGCUGCCCGCAAACAGGUGCUAAGUGGGCAUCUCCCCUUCUGUCGCUUCCGUCUCCGCUACCCAAGCCUAUCGCCUUCCACCUUUUGGGUCUGGAAGAGUCUUGCCCAAGGCUGGCCCAGAGGCCUGUCCAAACUCCCACUGCAGGCUCCCACCUUGGGCAAAGGGGUGCAGGAGGCUGAGGGGAAGCUGGAGAAGGAAGCUGGCAGGAAUGUCACAGCUGUGAUGGCCCCACCCGAGGGGGCCCAGCAGGUAGGGGCGUCUUCGGGAGAGGCUGCCCUGGAGGCCCAGGGAGGGCCUUCCAGAGAGGGGGCCCUGCAGGAGGAGGGCACAGCCCAGGGUCGUUCCUCCAGUGAGUCCCUGGCCAGCCACCCUGUGGCGGCAGCAGUGGGCGGCAGGGACGGUCAGGUGCUGGUGAUGGACAUGCUCGCCACCACCAAGUUCAAGGCCCAGGCCAAGCUGUUCUUGCAGAAGCGCUUCCAGUCCAAGAGCUUCCCCUCCUACAAGGAGUUCAGUGCCCUGUUCCCCUUCACUGCCCGUUCCACCUAUUACAUGUGGAAACGGGCCCUCUACGACGGCCUCACCCUGGUGGACGGCUGA